CGUCAGGUUCUCAGGGGCGGAUAUUUGGAAGAAAACAGCUGUUCGAUGAGACAUGUUUAUCUUCGCGAUUGUACAAUCGGGAUGCACCGUCGACGUUCUAUCGCUUGCCGACUACUCGCGAGAUAACGAGUGGCGGUAAUGCGAUCCCGCGGGAUGCGGCACGCCGAUUGAGCCACGCAGGCCGAUGAGAUAGAGAAAGCGUUCGCUGCUGCUUUGAGCGCGAGUGGAUAUACGGGUUAUACAUGUAUUUUGAUGGUUUGCGCCCACCAAACAGAGUCAUGGCUCAGUGUAAGUUAACCCCGCGGGAGUUUAUCGGCAACACCUUUUCCCCGCAGAUCGCCGUAGUCUGCUCGGCCGCGGCCGACGCUGCGUGCCAAAAGAAUAAUCUGUCAUUCGUCGAGCUGCUCCAGCCCUUUUGCAAAUUGAAUACCGAAGGCCAUUUCAAGGAUCCUCAAGGAAACACCAUAGCGAUCAGGAAUCUCCGGCUUUCCAUACAAGACAUUAAUGCGCGACCACCGGAGCCGAGUCUUGCCAAAAAGAUGCUGAACGAGGCGGCCAGUUCUGCCUUGUGCGAACGUACGACUAGUGUUCGUAUCGGCACAACCGAGCUUGAUAUCCCUAUAUCUGUUCCUUGGUUUGAGGCGUGGAGAGAGACAUUCCUGAGCGUCCAGUUCCCAUCGGAUCAUGAGUUCACGAAACACCUGCUCGCGUGCAUGAUAGUUGUUUCCACAGCUGAGGACAAUCCGUUAGAGAAGAUUCAGUCUAUGGGUGCACAGUUGCAUCAGAGUAUACCGGGGAAAUUGCCCAAGUGGUUUAAUAACAAUGCCCUCAGGUAUUACAUCUUGGUUCAUGACGCUAUUCAGGAUGAUAGGAAUAAAGCUGAAAUAGUUUUUAUAGAGAUGAAGACUAUUUACGGUGCUAACAACUGUUUUCUAUUGCAAAUGAACUCGAGACCACCGGGUCUCUCGGACGACAAUUCGCACUUACCCGAUCCCUGGAGUCAAUUUCUGACUAAGCACUCGGAACUGUCCGGCAGCAGUGAACAAAACAGUUCCCCUCGUACACCCGCGGAUACAGGCGGAGUGUCCGCCAUGCCGAGCGAGCUGACUACAGAGUCCGACAAAGUGAGUCAAGCCGGCACGCCGCUGAUGCCGCAAAACUGCGCAUUGCCAUCUCCGGAUAUGGCCGACACGAUAAGUCUUUCCUCCGAAAUAUCCGAGUCGACGAAUGUGCACCUGGAAGUCGGACAGGAAGCUGUCCCGGUCACGAUUCAUCCGCUCAGUCCGGAUAACGAGAAAACGCAGAAUUACAUUGCUGCGAACAACGUGAAGGGUCAGUCUGUUGUUGUCACCAGUUCGCCGAUAAACACAAACGUCUGGGCGGAUUCGCCGAAUUACGUAGUUGCUCAACACGGUGCUCGUCUCUCCACUCAAGAUCUAGAAAGAUUACGGACGUUGAUAACAGAAUUCUGUUUGCGAAGCCUGUUGCCUUACGUAGAGAAGCAGAUUGGCCUAUUGAACGACGUGAUUUCGAACAAAAAGGGGGUCAGUAGAUCGCUAUUCAGCGCCACGAGAAGGUGGUUCGGUACAAAUAAGCCUGGUGCACCAGGUUCUGCGCCAUCAAACGCUGUGAUUUACACCGCGGAGUCGCCCGAGUUGCAGCUACGACGCUUGGGCGACCUGUGCUUCAUGUUCGGCCACUAUUCGCUCGCCUAUCAGGCGUAUCACAGCGCGAAGCGUGACUUCGCGGCGGAUCAAGCCUGGGUGUACUAUGCGGGCGCUCUAGAGAUGGCCGCUCUGAGCGCUUUCAUGCAAGGCGAGACGAAUAGGAAGACCAUCGAGUACAUGGACGACGCGAUACUGACUUACGCGAACAGCUGCAAGAUGCCUCAGUUCGCGACGAGAGCGACGCUGCUCAGUGCCGAGUGCCUGAAGGGCCGAGGACUCUACGGGGAGGCGGCGAAGCAGCUGAUACGAAUGACCAGCGAGGACUCAGAUUUGCGCUCGGCUUUGCUGCUCGAGCAAGCCGCCUACUGCUUCAUCGGCCCGAAGAUGAUGCGUAAAUACGCCUUCCACGCGGUCCUCGCUGGACAUAGGUUUUCGAAAGCCGGUCAGAGGAAACACUCGCUGAGGUGCUAUCAGCAGGCGUAUCAGGUCUACCACCAGAGAGGUUGGUCCUUAGCCGAGGAUCACAUCCAUUUCACGAUCGGCAGGCAGGCCGCGUCUCUGAAACAAGUGUCCGAGGCGGUGAAAGCGUUUGAGAAGUUACUUAAUGCAUCGAGCAAGCAGUCCGCUCCGCAACAGGCUGCGUUUCUACGCGAAUUUUUGCACACUCACAACUUGUUGUUACAGGAGAACGGCGUGACUUGCAAAGGACUUCUGACUUUACCUUUACCAAUAUUAGAUAGCAACAGUAUUAAGGUACUGUACGGUCCGUUGGGCGAACAAACCAGGAGCAAUAUUCCAGCGAGCCACGUGACGUUCGGCGUGGAGGAGACGGACGACGCCAAGUGGUCGAAGAUGGAGGAGCUGUUGAUCACCGAAGCGCAGGGCUCGCCGCCCAUGAUAUUCAAGCCGACGGUCGCGCUGUACUCUCGGACGAGCAACAACACCUCGAAGCCGAACGCUGUUCUGGGCGAGCCGGUGCAUUAUUCCAUCGAGCUGCAGAAUCCGCUGCACGUGCCGCUACCGUUGUCGGACGUGACGUUACUGUGGUCGUUCGCUCACGGCGACGACGACGGCGUCACGAACGAGACGGAGAGGAACGACAGCCUGGUCGAUUCGGACGUGAUCGACGCGAUCCUGUUGCAGCCAGCGUGCAGGCAGAGCAUCGUGCUGUCCCUCACGCCCAGGCGAGUGGGAGAGCUGAAGAUCUUAGGCCUGAGUUACAAACUGUCGAAUCCGGUGCAAGCGACAAACGACCCGCCGGUCGCGAACUCGGCCACCACCAUCGCCGGUAAGAGGUUGUUCGAGAUCACGCUGGCGAAAUUGAAGAACGUCAAGGAGAAGCCCGGUAUGAACGUGCACGGAAAGGACUACCGGCUGGAGAUGAACGUGAUCGAGAAGGCGCCGUUUAUGCAGAUACUCUUCACAAAGUUGUCGCCGGAGAUGCUUUGCGGCGAGAUACAGAAGGUGAAGGUGACGUUGAGGAACGUGGGCAACGCGCCCUUGACGAACAUCUAUAUCGCCUGCACCGACGCCAAACUUUUCACGUUGGAAAACUCGGAGGUCGAUAAAAGCGAAGAUUCAACGGUGAGGAGGAACAGCAGAUCGGUGACGAAGAUAGCGUUACCAGGGUCCAAGAACGGCGUGUUGAGUGUCGGCGAGACUCACGAAACGCCGCUUUGGGUGCAAGCGCCUCAUGAGAAGGGCACUCACCGGUUAGACCUGCUCUUCUACUACGAGAGCGUCGAGACGAAGGCCGCGCUGAAGCAUCGGCUGUGCCGACACACCUGGCAACUGACGGUGCUCGACUCCAUCCAGAUCAGCGCGGUGGCCUCGAGAAGCGGACUGUUCAAGGACGACUCGCCGACGCUGAAUCUGAUAAUGUCCGUGAAGAACACGAAUCAGGUCCACGAUCCAUCCAUCAACGAGAUUAUGCUGUCGAAAGUGUCGCUCCAGAGCGCCCUGUGGCUCGCCUUCCGCUCUUCCGUUCUACCGUCGAGCAUAAGAGUGCAGCCGCAGGAGGUGUUCCACCUGAUGCUGAAGCUGAAGAGGAAGGCCGACAGCGAGCCGGCCAUCUCCGACGUGUCAUUGACCGACGGCGACGCGGCGUCGAUCGACGAUUAUCCGUUCGUCAACUUUGUACAGAGACGUCACAUACAGCCGUUGGACGUGAACGAGAGCGCGAGCGACGUGCAGCAGUUCCAGUCGCAGCAGAACGCCGAGCACAGCCCUGUAUCGGACACUAUGGCGUUGCGUUCGACGUUGAUCGUCAGGUGGUGCGCGAACGUGACGGAAAGCGGCGUGGUAACCCGGAGGGCCUUCGGUCAGCACCACCUCGAGCUCGAGUAUCUAAACAAGACGUACAAACACCCCAAGGAGCCGCGCAUCGCGCGUAACGAGUACGGCGCCCGCUUGAGGAUCUUCGGACCGGAGCGGAACGUACCGAACGUGGUAACCGCGCCCGUCAAGGACCCCGCGUGGGAAGCGGAAUGUCUGAAGAGUCUGAUCACUUUCUCCCUGAGCCACGCGAGGCAGCUCGCGCACAAUUUCCAGCAGAAUCGAUUGUGCAUCGUCCCCGUAACGAUGUACUUGCAGAACCACUCGGAGAUGCCAGUCGACGUUAAAAUAAGUACUAUAGGUACCAGCAGCGAAACCCAUCUUCCAAAUAUUAAGUCCCAGCUGUACUCGCCGCAAGCUUCGCCGUAUUAUAGGUACGCCGGCCACUCGUCGAUUCGCUCCAACGUUCAAGCGCGUGCAAGCAAUAACGUGAAGUUACACGCUGUGCUGCCGGCAGCCGGGACGUACGACUUGGCGGCGCGAAUCGAGGUCUCCGUGAGAGUUGUAAAUAGCGUGGAGUACGUUGCUCAGAAAGGCAAGAUGGAGAGCAUAUGCAUAGUGAACGGCGGCAGUGCAUAGAUUAUAUUAUCGCGACCUGUUGUCAGAAUUAGAAGUCACUAAGCGGAUAUAAAUGGAGGUACUAUUUUUAGCGCGAUUCAGAAUCAUUCCUCGUUGGUGUACGUGUGUACAUACCGGCCGUAUGCCUUUGGAAAUUGUUACAUUAUAUUACAACAGAUAUUUUUUUAACAAUGCGUCUCAACGUAUUUUUUAUCUACCGGUGCGUGCUGUCGCCACGUUUUCUCAGCGUCGAUUGCUUUUACACAACACACACACACAUACGAUAAUUUCGUAAUUCGGAAAUACCAUUACGUCCACAUGUGGUCUCUCAAACGUACCACAAGGUUCUCUGUCGCGGUAUCGGGUUCUUCAUUCUGUCGGUUUAACCUGAACGUAGUUACCUGAACCGUUUUGUAACCGGUUAGUCUUGAGCUACCUCAUGGUGAUUUACGAAGCGAUCGAGCAGCAUAGCAGGAAAUAAUUAAAAUAGCUCCUUAACGCCGCACUGUUAACAAUCAUCGAUGCUCGUCAUUUUACGGGGGGAUAACUGCAUAUCUCUAACUGCCAAACAAUCGACACGUGUUACCUUCUACUAUCAGCACAUAUCGUCCACGAAGCAUUAUCAUCAUCAUCAUCAUCAUCAUUGGUAUUGAUUGUCUCUCAUCCUCGUGCUUGUUUUCGUUGACGGGGGAAAUUGCUUUUGCGCGUGUGCAGUCUCGGUCGCGGGCGCGGGAUAAACGCGGGAAAUAAUUGGUCUCGAUAUUGGAAAAUGCCAGCUUUCUCUUGUUUUUUUUUUCUGUUUAAGCUCGGUAUUUGUGUGUAUGUAUAUAUAUAUAUAUACACGUAUAUAUAAUUUUUUUUUUUUUUUUGGCAAUUGACUUGAAUGAUCCUUCAUAUGACAACUUAGAAUAAAGCAUUGUAAGAAUUAGGCCCCUGCGGAGUACGGCUUUUUACGAGCGAUGGGCACAUGUGAGAUAGAUUAGUAGAGAUUUUCGAAGAUGGGGGAGAAGAUGUCUUCGGUGCGAAUCGAUAGAACAAAUAUAUAUAUAAAGACAUAUUUGAGGUCUUUUAGGUAAAUAGGCUCUUGUAUUUUUUGUACAGUGUACCUCGUAAGGUAAGAUUGAGUGUGUAAAAGCGAGUUUCAUACGAACGGGAUCGAAUUUACGAGCAACAAAAUUACGAUAUAAUGUGAAAAGAGAACCCUGUAUAUACCAUGUUGGAUUUACUAACUGGAUAAAGAAUUAAAUUAGAAUUAUAUUUAGCGAGCACUUCUAACGAAUCUGGUGGCGAUUGUGUAGUAUAUUGUCUUUCCAUAUAACAUACUAAAACCUUUCCAGUUAAAAAAGUUUUUUAAAUAGCUCUCUUUUAAUAUAUAUAUAUAUAUAUAUUAGGUGUACAAUUUUGC